AUGGAGAGUGUAGACUUGGUAGUGGUUGGUGCAGGCUGGAGUGGGCUCGCUGCCGUCAAGACAUACCGAGAGGUGAACCCCGAGAGCAAUGUUCUAUUACUGGAAUCAGCAAGCUCGGUGGGUGGAGUAUGGGCUCAAGACCGCCUGUACAGGGGUCUCAAGUCAAACAACAUGCUGGGGACAUAUGAAUACAGUGACUUCCCGAUGGAUGAGGAGACCUUCGGCGUGAAGCAAGGACAGCAUAUUCCAGGUGAAAUUGUGCAAAAGUACCUUGUCGCGUAUGCGGAACAUUUCAAAUUCCUGGAUCGCAUUCGUUUGGGUCACCGUGUUGAAAGCGCUGAACACAAUCUCGAUGGUUCCUGGAAAUUGACUGUGGCUCAUGAGGAGGAAUCACUGGUCAUUGAGACGAAGAAGUUGAUUGUCGCAACUGGUAUCACAUCGCAAGCGUAUUUGCCUACCUUUAAGGGCCAAGAGAGCUUUGGCGCCCCAUUGCUCCAUUGUCGCGAUAUGCUCAAGUAUGAGGACGAGGUGUUCAAGUCUGGAGAGCGCGUGACCGUCUUCGGUGGUACCAAGUCCGCUUGGGAUGCUGCUUAUGCAUGCGCGACCGCGGGUAUGAAGGUGGAUUGGGUCAUUCGUGAGUCUGGACAUGGUCCCUGCUGGAUGGCUCCACCAUAUGUGACCCCGUUGAAGAAGUGGCUGGAGAAGCUAGUCACCACCCGCCUUUUAACCUGGUUCAGUCCUUGUAUCUGGGGUGACGCUGAUGGAUACACUGGCGUGCGAAGCUUUCUCCACGGUACCUGGCUUGGACGCAAGAUUGUCGAUGCGUUCUGGUCUGUACUUGCUGACGACGUGGUGCAACUUAAUGGAUAUGAUAAGCAUCCCGAAAUGAAGAAGCUCAAGCCCUGGGUAAGCCCAUUCUGGAUUGCCUCUUCCCUGAGUAUCCUGAACUACCCAACGGAUUUCUUCGACUUGGUGAAAGAUGGUACGAUCAAGGUCCACGUUGCCGAGCUGGAACAUCUUGCCGACCACAGCGUUCAUCUAUCAACGGGUGAAUAUCUACCCACGAGUGCACUUAUCUGCUCCACUGGCUGGCGCUGCACGCCCAAUCUCAAGUUCUUACCCGAAGGCAUCGAUCGUGAACUCGGAUUUCCCUGGAGCACAGACCCCUUGGAUGAUAAGAUGGUGCAAGCAGCCGACGCAGAGAUUCUCCGCCGCUUUCCCCGUCUGACCGACCAGCCACAGCUUAACCCUAAGUUCCAUCCACUAAAUGAUGAAUCCGAGGCUGCUGUACCACACCCAUUCCGUCUCGCUCGGUUCAUGAUUCCAUUGUCGACACUGAAAGAUCGCUCCUUGGCAUUUAUGGGCAUUCCCAUGACCAUCAACACGACCCUCAUCGCACAGGCUCAGGCUCUGUGGAUCUCUGCUUACUUCGGAGGUGAUCUCACACCUACAUCGACGGAGCGUUGUCCUCCUGCCGUUCGGGCCGCCUCGGACUCAAAGAAGGAAGAUGAUAAUGACCUUGAUCUCGCGUGGGAAACGACCCUACACUCUGAGUUUGGCAAAUACCGGUAUCCGGCGGGCUUUGGCAAGCGAAACCCUGAUUUUGUCUUUGAUGCUAUUCCUUAUGUCGACCUUAUGCUGCGUGACCUGGGAUUAUCCCCCGAGCGGAAGAGUGGUUUUCUGGCACGGGCGUUCCAGCCUUAUGGUGCUGAGGAUUACAAGGGAUUAGUGGAUGAGUGGAAGGCGAAGUCGACCUGA